CCGGAGUGGUUGUUCUGACAACCGCUCCAGCCCCGCGUCCGAAAAUCACUCGAUUAAUCCACCCACCCACCCAUCCAUUGACUUAGAGUGGACUUGUACAGUUGCUGUUCUUCUUCUUCUUCUGAGUUGUCUCUUUUAAUAAAUCUCAAAGUGCUUUCUAUUUCUUCUGACCCACAUUAGCUUUAAUUGAACUGAUUCCCAUUCGGAGGGAGACUGCAAUGGCGACGCUAUGGUUGCUACUGGGAUUCUUGAGCCUCUUCGUUUUGUCGUCCUCCACUUGUCCUGAUCAUCAAAAGCAAUCCCUUCUCCUGUUCAAAUCAACCUUGCUUAACAUCACUCGCACCACCAAUGACUCCUCCUCCUCAUCCGCAUUUGGCUUAGAAUCAUGGAAUUCAACGUCCGAUUGUUGCCUCUGGGACAGGGUCACCUGUAAAUCCAGUUCCUCCUCAACAGCACCCGUGGUGGUCGCAUUGCUUCUCGAUUCCCUCGUAUCUACUGAUCAGCCGGUUGUGGUUCCCUCCGCUGUCCUCGCUCCCCUCUUUCGCCUGACUACCCUGAUGCUGCUCGACGUCUCCUCCAAUCACAUACAGGGCGGAAUUCCAGGUGACGGCCUGGCUAGUCUCACCAAACUGGUUCAUCUCGACAUGACGCAGAAUAACUUCAGCGGCAGCAUUCCUCCGCAGCUCUUUCGCUUGAGAUACCUGCAAUAUCUCGACUUGAGCGAGAACAUGCUUUUGGGGGGUUUAAGUCAGCAAGUUGGAUAUCUUCGAGACCUGAGAACGCUGAAAUUGGAUGACAAUUUUCUUGGCGGAAGAAUCCCUGAGGAGAUCGGGAACCUCACUGAGCUCCAGGAAUUGUCUCUCAGCAGCAACUCCUUCUCUGGUAGAAUCCCGGCGUCAGUUUCAAAUCUAAGACAGCUUCAGGUCUUAGAUUUGAGAGAAAAUCUUCUGUCAGAGCAGAUUCCCUCUGAGAUUGGGGGCUUGUCCAACCUCUCUACUCUGGCCUUGGGCAAGAACAAGUUCGCUGGUGGAAUCCCCCGCUCGAUGCAAAACCUGAGCAAGUUGGAAACUCUUAUGCUGGAAAACAACUUGCUCGCUGGAGAGAUACCAUCCUGGAUUUUCGACAUCAAGCCCCUCAAUAUCUUGUUUCUUGGGGGGAAUGGCAAUAUGUUGGCCUGGAGCAACAAUUCCGUGACAGCACCCAAAUGCAUGCUCUCUCAACUCUCUCUCCAAUCUUGUGGUCUAUCUGGAGAAAUCCCACUCUGGAUUUCAGCCCAAAAGGCUCUUGUCUAUCUGGAUUUGAGUAAAAAUGAGCUUCGAGGAACCUUCCCACUCUGGCUAGCAGAGAUGGAUCUUGGAACCAUUAUUCUGUCAGAUAACGAGCUGACUGGUCCUGUUCCCCAUCGUCUCUUCCAGUCCUUGAGUUUAUCCGUCCUCGACCUUUCACGAAACAAUUUCUCUGGUGAGCUACCAAAAAAUAUUGGCGAUGCUAACGAGAUCAUGCUUCUCAUGUUGGCUGGAAACAGUUUUUCUGGGACAAUUCCAAGUUCCAUCUCUGAUAUUUAUCGUCUGUUACUGUUGGACUUGGCAAACAACAGAUUGUCUGGAGACACGUUUCCGGUAUUUGACCCUGAUGCCUUUCUUGCAUACGUUGAUUUCUCAGACAAUGACUUCUCCGGUGAAAUUCCCGUGUCCUUCUCGCAAGAAACCAGGAUUCUUGCUUUGGGAAACAACAAGUUCUCAGGGAAAUUGCCUCGGAACCUUACAAACUUGAUCAAACUCGAGCACCUAGAUGUCCACGGCAAUGAAAUUGGGGGGGAAUUCCCAGAAUUCAUCAUUGAAAUGUCUAGCAUGCAGAUUUUGAAUCUGAGAAACACUUCCCUGCAAGGUCCUAUACCAAACAGCAUGUCCAAUCUCAAAGCUCUCCAAAUUCUCGAUUUGUCAGGAAACAGCCUCACCGGAAACAUCCCGCCAGGGUUUGGAAAUCUCGUUGGGAUGAUUGACACGCCAACUAAAUUUUCAUCAAUUUCAGGUGUCUUCACCUUUCCAGUCCAGUAUAUUGAUUUAAUUGUAAACUGGAAGAGAUCAGUACAAGGGCUGUCAUCAAACCCAAGCAUCGACCUCUACUCUUUGCUGGACUUGUCAAAGAACCAACUUUCAGGCAAAAUUCCAGCUUCAUUAGGUAACCUGAAAGGCCUAAAGAUAUUAAACAUCUCCUCUAAUAGCCUGUCCGGCAAUAUACCAGACAGUUUCUGUGGCCUGGAGAAUGUAGAAAGUCUAGACUUGUCACACAACAAUCUCUCAGGUAAAAUCCCACAAUCUUUUGAGAAGCUGCAACAGCUCGCAAUUUUGGAUGUGAGCAACAACCACCUCGAGGGUCCAAUUCCAAAAGGUGGCCAAAUGGACACAAUGAACGAUCCAAAAUAUUUUGCUAACAACAGUGGUUUAUGCGGAGUGCAGAUUGGGUUGCCAUGUCCGACGGAGCCAGUAAAGCCAUCAGCACCAACUUCAGAAGACAAUAGCGAUGAGACUAACGAGCUAAGGUUUGCAUGGGAAGGGGCCUGGUUUGGAUUCCCACUUGGUUUUUGUUUAUCAGUUAUUGUCAUACUUCUAACUGGCUGGUUUCCAGCGCGAGCGUUGUCCCCGGCUCGCCGCGGCCGCCGGAGAAGGCACGCACCAAGCAGGAUCAGCGUUAGGCGGAUAGGAUCAUAAAAUUCUUCC